AUGCGGUCAGGCCUCGGCGUGCUUCUCGCCUCGGCCUUCAUGACACAGUCGUCGGACCCGCAGAAGCUCUGGGCUGUCUUUCCCGAGUGGUACAUCCUCGGCGGCGUCAGCUUUGUCGCCGUGUCGUGCGUCAUCGCCACCGGCCGCAACGUGGGCGCGACGCUCUGUCAGGUCUUCCAGCAAAAGCUCGGGAUCACAUUAGCGUUUGCGUUCAACGCACUUCUCUUCUACAACUUUCAGCCGCGCCUCUUCCACUCCCAAAGCGAAGUCGACGCGGCGCUGGCCGACGGCACCCUACUGCGCGUCACGCAGUCCUUCAGCGGCGAGCCCUACAUGGUCAACAACCGCGAUUUUUACACGGUCUUGCCCUUUAUGAUGGGCUUCAACGCGCUCAUUUUGAUCUUGCCUUUUGCGUCGGGCACGCGCAAGUUUGCGAUGGUCAACAACCUCUUCUUCGCGCUCACGGUCGUGAGCCCCAACGACUACAAAGACCCGACGCGGCUCAAAGCCGCCAACAACACCAUGUACCAAAGCGAGACGAUCGUCUGGAACCUCUUCAUCUACAUGUGCCUCGGCCUCAUUGGCGUCGCGCUCUCGUUCCUCGUCGCCUGGAUACCCUACCCACUCUUCGCGAUCCGGAAUCUCCAAGCAGAGACGCUGGCCGCCACCGAAACCAUCGCCGAGCUCCUUCGGCUCAUGGUCGACGCAUACUGCUUUAAGAAGAAGCACGUCGACCAGAUGCACUUUUUGCGCGUCAAGCUCCAGCGCAAAUUUGAGCUCGCGACCGCCAAGAAGGACGCGAUGACGUCUCUCCUUCAGGAUGCGUGGUGGGAGCAGUGCAUCGGCCUCGCCUCGAUCCUCCACUUCAAAAAGACGGUCGUCAAGCCGUACAUUACGCUCUACGCGUCGCUGCUCAACUCGCUCAAAGCGAUGAGCCAAGCGAUGCGUCUCGAACGCUACGACCGGCUCCACCGGAGCUUCAUUCUGGAGCUCCAACCCGACAUUUGCGCCGUUCAAGUGCACGCGAUGGCGCUUCUGCAAGAAAUCUCGCACCACGUGCAUGCUGGCCACACACAAUUCCACUUGGAACAUGCCGAAGCUCUGGAGCGCCACGUCGAUCACUUGCUCGCGCGCUUCCACGCGACGCAGACCGCACUGUACACCAAGAUGCACGCGACGCCGCCAGACGUCGAGGGCACGAUGCCACUGCACCUCUUUGUCUUUGCGCUCGAGUCGCUUGCGGGCGCGAUGCUCGAAUUUCCCGAAAUCCUUCGUCUCAAAAACCACAAUACGACGACGCGGAUGCACCAUUUUGUACUGCGGUCGCUGCAAUCCUUUGUCGAUCCUGCGCAGUAUACAUCUGGAAAGCUCCAGAUUGCUUGCAAGGUCUGGGUCGCGCUCCUCCUUGCGAGCUUGGUUUCGGUCUACGUCUUUGGCUUUGCGUCCACGACGGCGACGACCAUUGCGUUCAUCAUGGGCAACCAAAUCGGCGGCUCGUUUGGGAUUUCGCUGCUCCGCGCGGUCGGUGUCGUCGCCGGCGUCAUCCAUCGCGCGCUGGUCGUCGCACUGCGCAACACCGUUCUCUUUGUGUGGACCACCAUGUCCAUGUACGUCAAGUGGAAAGGCGGCUUGGACGCGUACGCGGGUCUUGUCUCGGCCUUUAUCGCCGCCGGCAUUCUGCUUCCCGAUGACAUGUGCCCGGCCCCCGGGUCUUUGACUUCGUACGCCAACAUUGCCCAAAUGACGCUCGGUGUCCUCCUCAUUGUGAGCGUCGAGCUCCUGCUCUGGCCGAGCUCGGCGUUCAUUCUCGUGCGCAAGAACGUCCAGAAGCAUCUCUCGCUCGUCCAAGGCGCGUUUACGAUCCUGUUCGAGCACAGUCUCAAGAGCGAGGGCGCGAUGGACCCGUCGACGCUUGAGAAGAUGCGCGUGAUUGUGCAGACAACAUUGCCGGGUCUUCUCGCCGAGCAAGAGGUCUUGCGCAAGGAGGCGAUGUUCGAGCCGCGGCUGUGGCGCCUCGCCUUCUCCCAGCGCCGCUACGACAAGGUCAUCGAGACGUGCGAGCAGCUCCUCGUGCACACCAUGAUCCUCUACAAGGUCGUGCUGUGGUUCCAGCACCAGCGCCCGCAGGACGUUGCCAAGAGGGUCAGCACGUCGUCGUCGUCGAUCACGGAGGACUCGGUCUUCCUUGCGAGCCCGCGAGAAGCGUGGACGUUCUCGACCGAAGACGUGGGUGCAGCGAUCCACGACACGUUCGACACGCUCCACGUGCUCUUUGGCAGCCAGUUUUGGUAUGCAGACGUGGACCAAGCGGCGCUCUUUAGCCAGAUGAAGGAGGCGUUCCGGGGCGCGGACACGGACCGCAACGGCGUCCUGGACUGCAGCGACGUCAAAGGCCUCCUUCUGCGCAUCUUCGAGCAGUCGGGCGCCGUGCCGCUCGAUGCUCUCGACCAGUAUGUGGCUGAUUUCAUGGACAUUGUUGACCCGACCAAGAGUGGUUCAGUGUCGUUCCCAGCGUUUAUGCAAGCGCUCGAGAACGGCCUCUUGCUCGAAGUCGAAAUGCAGCCCAAGGCCAAGCGGCUCGACAGCAUCCAAGUCGUCGUGGAUGCAAGUCCGCUCUUGACGCCGAGCUCGUGCGAAGUGCUGCCGCCCAUGGACAUUGAGAUCAUUGGCGGCGUCUCGCACGCGUACGAUAUUUUGGACGUCGAGACCUGCUCGCUGCUCGACGCAACGACCGGAAUGCGCCACUCGUUUGCGGCGUGGGUGCUCGAGGCCCGGCGGUUCCAGGGACUCCCCAUGGAGGAGCUCCUCCUCCUCAAUAGUUUGAUCAGCGGCGUGAGCGGCAUUGCGACCAACCUCGCACUCCUUGAAGAAACCACAGUGCAGCCGUAGACUGUAGACUGAAAACAUACAAUUGAUGUACACUAGUGUCAUAUCUAAGCG